AUGUUCCUGUUUGACGAUCAGACUGUAUGUAAACCAAUAGAUGUCAGAGAAUUCAACUUCUAUUUCAUCUUCCACACAACCUCAACAAUUCACAGCAGAAUUCGGAGCACGGGUAACAUGGGGGAAUGGUAUGAAUCGGUCCAACUACAGCCAUUUGUGCACCAGGUCAGUGGGCACAAUGGUCUCUUCCGGUUUGAUGACCAGACCGUGUGUAAACCAUUAGAUGUCAGAGAAUACAACUUCUACAUCACCAUUCCGCACAACCUCAAACAGUUCACUGCAGAAUUCAGAGAAACUAUAGAGGGGGAGGUUUGUGAAGACAGUGAAGGACACGUGACGAUCCUUUAUCAUCGUCCUUUGCUGAAGUCACCAAUGCGUGAGGACCUCACUAGACAGAACCAAGAAACAUUUGCUGGAAAAGAGGGCCAACAUAGUUUGCAGCUUUUAAUGAAUGGUAAAGUAGAAAUGAAUACUCAAACAGAUCAGGCAGCAAACGCUCCAGACUCUGUCUAUGAUCUCAGACCAGAAACCCUAAACCCUUGGAUUCCACGUUGUCACAAGAAGAUGCUGUCAGGACUGAGGAAGACUAAUCAGAGCUCUGAUCUACACAGUAAGUUUAUUCUGCUGGAGAAUGUGGCAGCAAAGUUCUGUCACCCGAGUAUUCUGGACCUAAAAAUGGGAACUCGACAACAUGGAGAUCAUGUCUCUCCAGAAAAGAAGGAAAAGGCUAUGAAGAUGUGUCAGAACACAACCUCCAGUAGUCUCGGGGUCAGGGUCGGUGGUAUGCAGGUUUACCAAGAGAACAGUGAUAAGUAUACUUGUGUCAACAAAAAAUACUGUCAAGGUCUGGGGGUCGAUGGAUUCAUUAAAACCUUGCAUCAGUUUCUUCACAACGGGUAUGAGCUGAGAAAAGACCUGUUGGACCCAAUUAUUGGAAAACUCCAAGAUCUUCACAGACAGGUCCUAUCACUUGACACUUACCGAUUUUACGCUAGUUCUCUCCUGAUUUUGUAUGACCAGCGUAGUGAAGAAGAUGGUCCCAAGAAGGAUUUGAGACAAGAUAAAGUGUGUUCCCACAGCAGUCUUGUUGAUGUUCGGAUGAUUGAUUUUGGCCACUGCACCAAAAGUGGGUUUCUGGACGAUGCCACUGCCCACAAAGGUCCAGACGAGGGCUACCUUUUAGGGUUGACGAACUUAAUCAAAGUUUUUACUGACAUGAAAUGAACAGUCAUUAUUAAAUAAAU